UCCAACCGGCUCGUCGGCAUCGCGACUCUCCGCGAGCUCGUGCGAGCGCAAUCGCUUCCCCCCUUCUACCUCCCACCGCGAAGAUAACAGAGAAGACGGAAAAGCAACAGGACAAGAGCCCCAAACAGAUCUGUGCGUGCGAACCCCUAUCGCGAGCUCACCCCGAAAACUACUAAAACAACAAUUUCACCGAUGAAAAGUUUCGUCUUGAUCGAAUAAAAGAAAAUCGAAAAGAAAACCGAUUGAAAAAGUGAUCGGUCAAGGAAUUAGCACUUGCAUCGAAGAAUUCGGUGACAACCAAGCGUUCUUCCACUCUGACGACCGUGUGAUCAACGAUCGCGAUGAUCGAUGGCCAACAGCUGAAGAAACCGAGGAACGAGUCGUUACACGCAGAUUCGAGCAAGGAAAGAGUUGACUGUCUGAUGGAUCGUGUUUGGAGAGACGUGACCGGGGAAAUCGUCGGGGAAACGAUAUAGAGAACGACCUGUUCACGUCCACGUCUUCUUCUUUUUUUUCGUCCGAAGAGCUCCUGUCAAUCACGAGAGGCGAGGGUGAGAGUAAACAAAGUCGACUUCGGGAGAAGGCUCGGCCUGAUCGAGAGGCUCGAUCCAGAAUAUGGUGAAAUUCCCGUUUUCAUUGGAAGCGUAGCUCGAAUAUCGACAGAAGCCGGCGGGGACACGCGGAUUUCGAAGACAGGCACUCGCGAGUAUGACGAGCAGAGGCGCACUUGUUUUGUUUUCCUUCGGGGAAGUGCGAACCAUUUCGGAGUGAUAGUUUCGAAGUUGAUAGUGACACGAGGCGAAAUUGGACUUGUCAAAGAAAAGUGUGAAUGACAUCCGAGUUCAUAAUACGAGAAUGGAGGUACUUGUAUAAUGCACUCUUGAAAGAUAUUGGACAGUAUCAAAAAACAAGUCCAAAUGUUCACAGCAAUAUGUGAACAAGGUGAUGCCUGUGUUUGCUACAUGUUGGACAAUUUAGACUAAUCGAAACAAGUGUGCAUAUUACCAAGUGCAUAAUUGAGUAAAUCUAUCAGUAUCUUGCAUAAUGCACAAAGAUUGUACGAAACCAAAGAAGAAAUCCAAUCUAAACUAAUCUAACUAGUCUAAACUAAAUAUAAACUAAUAAUAUAAAAAUUAUAGUGUCAGUUCCCUGACGAUGCACUCCCGAAAGACUGGGCCAUCGAAGAGAUCCGAAAUGUUACGAAGUGAUGUGUGAACGGCUCUGUGUUUACCGGAAGUUGAGGAAGUCAGCGAGGGAUCGAGGAUCGAUCGUGGAGCCGAGCAUCCUCGUUCUUCCUGCGCUUCAACGAGAGCAUCGCGUGUCACGGCUCGAACAGGCAUCCCCAAUGCAUUAUCGUUGGACGUGGGGGGAAGAAUCUGACGCAACGUGGAAAUAUUUGCCUGAAUUUAGUGGCGGCCGUGAGACCCUCUAAUGCCUCGCGACGAUCUGAAGCAGCUCUCGAUGAAGACGCGUUCCGAAUCGGCUAUAAAUCGUUCCAGCGACGUACACCCGAUAACAGACCAGCCGCAAAUUCACCAGGGAUAUUGAUAGAUUCGUCGAGACUCCACGAAAGGCCGGCCGCCUCGACGAAAGCGAAGAGAAUCGCGGCUUCGUCGUCGAUGGCGACGUAUCGUCGAUAUCCCGGCAUUAAGUCGACAUUUUUCUGCUAAAUUAUUGUUUGGGGCAUUUUGUUGGAACGGGACAACCGUUUCGCGCACGAUAUUCAUGGAAAUUGACCGCGGCUGGCAUUACCAUGUAGAACGACGCGCGGUUAUGUAAAUUCGCUCGUAUCGACGAGCUCCGAGGAACGUUCCGCGCGAUUGGCCCUUAUCAUGGGGCAGAAACGAGGAGGCACGAUCGAUUAGAUGCGGGAUCGUCGCAGCCGAAGGGAUUCAACGUGGGACCCGCGACGAAAAUGCCAAUCGACCGUGACGAAUCGACGGCCAGCAAAGGCAGCAUCGGGUAAGCGGUAACAAUGAACGGCUGAGGCGUACCGCAGGUCGCGGAAUCGAGAGAAGAUUCCCAUGCACGGCCUGAACCUCCCUGGAAUCCCGUGGUCGAGAGGAGAGAAGGAGCAUGACGUAGCCGUCGUCGAGGGGGGCGCUUCGGAUGCUCCGGACUGCCGACUAGGGUCGUAUGGAGGGGAAGGACGUAAUCACCACGGAAGGCACCCUGCUUCUAAACCUGACGACUAUCGCCACACGAGGCACAGACGACUUCUUCCGAGGAUUUCCUGGCAAAAACUCCCCCUACACGGUCACGCAGGCAAUACUCAUCGCCCUGGUGCUUGGUAGCAUAAUCGUCGGGACCGUGAUCGGGAACAUUCUGGUCUGCGUCGCCGUGUUCCUCGUUAGGAAGCUGCGAAGACCCUGCAACUAUCUGCUGGUGAGCCUGGCAGUUAGCGAUCUCUGCGUUGCGCUUCUGGUAAUGCCGAUGGCGUUGCUGUACGAGAUUUCCGGUAAUUGGUCCUUCGGCGCGUUUAUGUGCGACGUUUGGGUUAGCUUCGACGUGCUCAGUUGCACGGCAAGCAUCCUCAACCUCUGCAUGAUCUCCGUCGAUCGAUACCGUGCCAUAACCGAGCCACUAAAAUACGGGGUGAAGAGGACGCCGCGACGGAUGAUCAUCUACGUCAGCCUGGUCUGGUUAGCAGCUGGCUGCAUUAGCCUACCGCCGUUGCUGAUAAUGGGGAACGAGCACACCUACUCCGAGACUGGGCCGUCGCACUGCGUCGUCUGCCAAAAUUUCUUCUAUCAGAUUUACGCCACCGUGGGCAGCUUCUACUUUCCCCUCGUCGUCAUGAUCCAGGUAUACUACAGGAUAUUCUGCGCUGCCCGCAAGAUAGUCCUGGAGGAGAGGAGAGCCCAGAGCCAUUUAGAGGCUCAUUGCUACCUCGACAUAGAACCAACGGUACAGCACCUUCAGCCGGUCGUUGUAAACCGUCAAUUAAGCACCGACAUACAAGCCGUGCAGGGAAGUCCGCCUGUGAAGCAACACAGAAGUUCCAGCGCCUCGACGACGAUACGAUCGAAUCUUCGUGGCGAUACGCAGGAAAAUAUGAAAGCGUGCAGCGGGAACGCGGUGCGCUGUUUCGCUGGUGGUCCGCGGAAGAGCAACGAGUCCCAGUGUCCGAUGCUGCAGAAGCUCGAGAGGCCUAUUCUCUCGUCGUCCACGACGACCACGCCGCCAACAAAAUCGACGAUCGUGAGGAACCACCUGAGCAGUACCUGCAGCGUGACGAACUCGCCUCACCAGAAGAAGCUGAGGUUCCACCUGGCCAAGGAGAGAAAGGCCAGCACCACCCUCGGCAUCAUAAUGAGCGCCUUCACCAUCUGUUGGCUGCCCUUCUUCGUCCUAGCCCUGGUCAGGCCGUUCCUCAGGGACCCUAACGCGAUCCCAGCGUUCCUCUCGAGCUUGUUCCUCUGGCUAGGUUACUGCAACAGCCUCCUAAACCCCAUUAUCUACGCAACGCUGAACAGGGACUUCAGGAAACCGUUCCGGGAGAUCCUCUACUUCCGAUGCAGCAAUCUGAACCACAUGAUGAGGGAGGAGUUCUACCAGAGCCAGUACGGCGAUCCCAUCAACAAUUACGAGAUCAAGGCAGGCGAGAUGGACGGCGCCGAGUGCCUCGACAAUCAGGGCGUCGAGUCGAUCGACGUCGCCGCCAACGCCCCCAACGAGAGCUUCCUAUGAUCCGGAAGAGACUUGUCCUUCGUUCGUCGGAACUAGCGACCGCUACGAGACCACCUGGCCUAUCGGACGAACUCUGAUCGAUCGCGACACGCGCGCCCGUCGUCGUCGAAAGACGUCCCGUCAGGGUAACCCCCCAUCGAUCGUUCGACAAGUACCAAAUCGAUUUCCCGAAUCUAAUCGAGGGAUGCUCCUACCUAGAAUCUACUUCGCGAAACCGUGGCGAGGGGAGCAGCCCGAAAUACUCAGCGUCGACUGUGACGAGUUCGUCGAGAACCCGACGUUCCUAUGCUUUCUGCGAAUCGAAACGAGGCGAGGAAUGGCCCGCUUAUCACGGACGAUCUGUAAGCCUGACGAAUCGCUCAUCGAGCAAUUUCUCAGCCGCGGUGACGUCUGAGAUCCACGACCGGUCGACGUGUCCAGCCCUCGACGAGAUCUUUUCUUGCACACCCUCGUGACGAACGGAGAAACGAGUCUUGGUGAUAUCUAGGCGGGAUCCUGUCAUCGCCAAAGGAUAAAAGCCGCGGAGACGCUGAGUAAGAUACGACGUGAGUCGGCGCUUCCUUGGGGACGCGCGACUGGAGCAAACCGCAGGGUACCUUUGUUGUACGAUGACUAAGUACGUCUUUCGCAUAAUGUAUCCCAGUCGUGUAAACAACGGUGCACUCUACACUCGUGGGAACGAUUACCAUGUACACAGGGUGUUCCUUGAGCGGGGACUCUGACUUUGGCGAGGUGUUCUAGUCGGUUGGUGGGUUCGAGGGUAGUUUGUUCGAGAGUUGCAAUUUUUCAAAGUCACGUGUUGGAUAAGGGGAGAAAAAGACGUUCGAGGAAAUGGGAAGAAAGAAACAUCUCUCUUUUCGUUUGUAUUUUGGCAUACUGAUAGUAAAUAUAAUUUUCCUUUAUUACUGUCUGAAUUCGUCAAGCAUUUAAUUUACACUUUCCAGCAUAAAGCCUUGAAAAUCUGUAACUCGGAACCAAGGAAUCUUCGAACCUACGUUUACCUAUCGAAGAAUGCUCUGCCAAAGUUUGUCUUGUUUCGGAGCCCUCCCCCUAUAUUGUACAGAAGUCGAGUAAGUAAUCUGUGUAGUAUCGCGUCGAUAAUCGUGAACGGUGUUUAAUUAGCAGACGAAGGACGUCUCGAAAAUAGAGAGCUCUUCGAUCUAAAUGUGGGGAAGCGUGUCUACCAGUGAACACACCGCGGAGGAAUCUGCGUUACGUUUGAGAAACGUGAUUGCGCGAUGCACUCGCGCGAAACUUGGACUCUUGAUCGAUGUAAUUGCCGCCGUUCUAGAUGAAAAUACUUUGUAACGGUCGUGAUUACCGGGAAAAUCGCUGGAGAUGGGUGGAACGCGCAAUACGCGUUAGGAACAACACUCUGAGAAAGAUAGUUCGUUUCGAGGGUGUUAUUCGGUUAGGAGUAACAGUAAUUUCCAGGACUAGUUCGUUAAACUUUCUUUUUUUUUUUUAUUUACUUUGUUUCAAGUCGUUGAUGUAUUAACUCUUUCAGACCUGAAGUAUUUUUAUUUCUCGUACUAAUAUAAUUGAAUUUUUGGAGUUAACUUGAACUAAAAUUAAUGUAGAAAACAUUAAAAAAAAUCCUAAUAGUGUUGUUGUCGAGGAGAACUGGUCUUUUUUCGUGUGGACAAAUAAGAAUAUAGGGUUAUAGGGUUCGUAAUUAUUUAAUGUUGUGUCUUCAAUUGUGGGUGCCAGGUCUGAAAGGGUUAACUAUCGCUUUGAGAGUAAAGUGUAACGAACUUGUGCCGAAGAUGAACUCGAAGAUGACACUCGAGAUCAAAGAAAAAUAUUUUAUUUCCUGCAUUCUCGGAUGUAAGACACUUUAACGUUGUUCAUCUCAAGAGGAAUAUUUCUACUGUCUAACAAUUAUUCUUUUUGUACUACGAAGAAGAUUAAUUUCUUUGAUCAAAAGUAACAAACUGCAAGAAAUACACUUAAAACUGAUUCGAAGCUGUAUCUCCUUCAACACCUAGAGCAAAAAGAUCGAAGUGCUUGGGACAACGAUGUCUCGACGCGAUUUCAAAGUGGAAAUAACUUUCGACACGGGAGUAUCUAGCUCGUGGAGGAGGGAAUCAGGCAAACAACAAAUGCCAUUGGCAAACGACAAUUGGAAGAUCGAGACGGUUGGAAAAUGACUCGUGACACACGAGAACGGUAAAGUCAUGGCUUCUCUGGAGUGUAAUUACGGAAAGUAGCUUUCCUCUUGAAUCGUUAACUGAGCUUAAAAUUAGUAAGUCGGAGUAGUUUACCAGUGACGCGAUCCUCGACCAAUCUGACGACGAAAGUUUCUUCCGAUCGAGUGCGAAAGAAUUCAUAUAUUUUCAAAAGGGUAAAGGAAAAAUCAUAUUCUCGAAGAUAUAAAAUAAUAUCGGGUCUGGUAACCUUCAUAUGAGGUAAAAUUUAGGAGAUACCGAUUUGGGGGGACGAGUAGAAUUAGAAGAUUAAUUUUAGGAGAAAAUUGAACCGAACGAGAAGAUAUUUAGGAUAGAGAGUAACGAUACGUCAAGGAAUGUCAGGAGAUGUAUCCUCAGGCCGGAGACCGCGAUCGAUCGGAAGCUCGUGGAAUUGAAUUUUCAGCGUUGCCAGCGGGUAGACACGGAUGUAUGGGUGAACUUCGAAUUUUCGCGGCAUCGAAAUGGGAAAUUUAUGUCGCCCGUGCGCGUCAACGGCUAUUUUAUUUCCCAGACAAACAGCAAUUGGUCGAAAAAAAGCAUCGCGAAUCGACGGCAGCUGGAAGUAACAAGUUUUCAAAAAAUACGUACUUCGUAGUUUGAUCUGAAGUUUAAAUACACAAAUUGUCGUGAAAAUUGACUAUCAUUUUGCCAUCAAAAUAUGUUAAUGUUAAUGUAUGUGUGGGAAAAUAAUAGUCCGAGUUUUAUGGAAAAUCCAGAGAGAAACUCUGCUCUAGCUCCGUACUAAAAAUGUACAUUUUACAUGUUCGAACUGUUCCCAGCGAGUUUCAAGCGAUCCAGUAUCGAGAAUUUCUUUGUUCACGCGUGUCGACUCGUUUAGUUCCUCGAAUAUUUCCAAUACCAUCCCGUCUCGUUCGAUUCUCCCUUUCCCCGAGGAAUUUUUACACGGAAAAGUCGCACAGCGUUCGCUAUCACUGGUAGACACGCGCUACUAACAAGUACAUACGUAAAUAUCACGUAAAUAUGUAGGCAUAAUCGUGUAUGGUGCUAAAAAAAAAACCAAAGUAAAUCAUUCCAUUUAAACGGCGAUAACUUCGCGAGGAGAGUGAUUGGUUCUAGCUGUAAGAAUCGCGAUCGGGUCGAAACUUUGCAGAAAUAACUCACGACAGUAUUAAGAAACUCGAACCGUUAUUUUUAUACGUUAUAUUGUUACGUUGGCCUCGAAUAUUUUAUUAUGUAAAAAGUGUACGUUGCACUUUGCUAAUGGCAUAGUACGAAGGAACGUGUAUCGUGUUCGCAAAAGUGAAUUUUGUGGUUGAUGUUUCCAGAAGAGUUGUUAUUUUUUAUUGCAAAUUUUUCUUCGUGUUGAAAGACAGAAAAUAUAACGUGACUGUAAUUAAUACGUAAAUGCAGUUGAAUUUUUAUUAUUUCUAUAAGAAUUUGCAAUAAUAUAUGGUCUAUUUUAACGUUUGAACGCUCCUCAAAAGGGACUAAACAAAUCCAUGAAAUUCAUUUCUUAACAAAGCAAUUAUUGGAGACGUUAGUUUAAGCGACUAUUAUAUACCAAUCAUCACGCAUAGUUGUAUUGUUAUUUAUUUAUUUCUGUGAUAGUUUUUUUAUAGUACAAAAGGUUCACAUUCCUUUUGAUCACCGAAAACUGUUGAGCAAUACCUAUUAGCGGUUGAUAGAAAUUGGCAGUGAGUAGUGAUAGGGGCAACUAGUAGUCACCAUCGACUGUGGCAGUACACACAGGAGAUCACUGUUAACCAAAGUUGACUAGUAAUAGUUGUCACAUAGUUGCCCUAAUUACCGCUAGUAGUUAAUAAGGCAUAUCGAAAUCCAUUAGUAGUCACUCUUAUCUACUAGUAACGGCUGGUAGCUACCAUUCGUUGCUACUAGGAUAUAUUUGUCACCAGCUAGUAAUACUAGCUACUACUAGCAGUCCACGGUGACUAGUACAAACUCUUAGGUGUCGUUAGUCGCUAUACUUAUUUAUUGAAAGUUAGUUAUAUAUUUAUUAAUAACUCUAACAUUAAAUUUAUUAUCGAAAGCAAACGGCGACUAAUCGCCAUGAGUACCAAAAGAUAACUACUACAUCUAAGUAUCGCGAGCCUAAAUGUAAUUUAAAAAAAAAAGAAUGUACCGAAUCUGAUAUUUCUUUGCGUGAGAAAAUUAAACCAAAAAUGAAAACUCGUACCUUUCGAACAUGACAUCAAGAUAAUAUAUAUAUUCUCGAGAUAACAAGUAGUUCUAUUUUAAUGAAACAUUGAAUACUAUUAAAAAAAAUGAACAAAUUUAGUGUUCGACGGAAAAUAUUCUCGUUGUCCUCGAACAAUUCGUUACGUUGCGACUGUCAUUUUUCUUUUCGUACUUAGAGUCUAUCGUGCACGUUACAUAGCGGUAAAUUGAAUAAUCAUUGUUUGCGAGGCGAUGUUUCUCUAAAGUUGCGACCCGGUGGAAAAUUAAGCGUAGCAUAAAUUAAUUGCGGUAAUUGCCACACGCGUAGAUUUUCAAAGCGUUGCCACCGCGAAGGAGUGCGCACCGUGGAAACAAUAUAAAACCUUUACGUGAAUAGACGAUAAUAAAUCUUGAACCAAACGCCAGGAAAUUUAUCAGCAUUUGCCGUGAUAAUUACACAGUGUUGCGCCAUUCGUUUAACCCUUCGUUUCCAGACACCAGGAUUGCUCCAAAAAUAUUUUUCGAAAAACAAUAGGGAACAAUAA